UGUAGUUCUGGGUGACGUACAAGCAUUUUAUUUUUGUAUUGCUCCUUCAGUGGCGGUGAUCACUAAGGAGUCUGAGGCCCCUGCUAUUUUGAGCCUGGACUCUGACCCAUUUGCUCCAGGCCGUUCAAGGAAGUCUGCGCCUUCAGACCACAUGCUUCCACACUCAACGACCAGGGAGUUCAAACCCCUGCUGGACCACUAGUGAUCAUGGAACCCCUCGGAGUGUUCCUUUUAAGCAUCGUGCACUCAGUAAAGAUGGAGACUGUGUUUACCCACGUAUAAUAUAUGCCUGCAGUAUUUGGGCUAGCCUUAUGCUUGGAUGUCAUGGCAGGUUUUGUUCUGUUCCAUUCAAUAAAGAGGAAUUUUGUCUGUUUCAUCUGCUUAAUUGGACAGUUGUAUCACAAUGUAAUUCUCCUAGCAAUCUUUCUAUAGUUUAUUUUCUUUUCUCCCAUAGGUGGCCCUUCCACAAAGCAGAGUGUGGCCUCUAUGCUCCCUGCUUUGUCUGAGAUGCUAUGUGGGAGAAGCGCUGAGCCAUUGAGACUUUGCCAUAGACUGGACAGAGACACCACAGGGGCAUUAAUUCUAGCCAGGACCAUGGAGGCUGCGGAGCGUGUACAGAAAUUACUGAGGCAGCAUAGAGUGCAAAAGGUCUACUGGUGAGUAAGCCAUUGUUCAGCUAAUGGUUGGUCAUUGAGAGCAUGCUGGGAGUGUCAGGAUGUUUGGUUAUUACGGGGAUCGUUGAGGAGCAGUGCAUGCUGGGAGUGUCAGGAUGUUUGGUUAUUACGGGGAUCGCUGAGGAGCAGUGCAUGCUGGGAGUGUCAGGAUGUUUGGUUAUUACGGGGAUCGCUGAGGAGCAGUGCAUGCUGGGAGUGUCAGGAUGUUUGGUUAUUACGGGGAUCGCUGAGGCGCAGUGCAGGCUGGGAGUGUCAGGAUGUUUGGUUAUUACGGGGAUCGCUGAGGAGCAGUGCAUGCUGGGAGUGUCAGGAUGUUUGGUUAUUACGGGGAUCGUUGAGGAGCAGUGCAUGCUGGGAGUGUAGGAUGUUUGGUUAUUACGGGGAUCGCUGAGGAGCACAGCAUGCUGGGGGUGUCAGGAUGUUUGGUUAUUACGGGGAUCGCUGAGGAGCAGUGCAUGCUGGGAGUGUCAGGAUGUUUGGUUAUUACGGGGAUCGCUGAGGAGCAGUGCAUGCUGGGAGUGUCAGGAUGUUUGGUUAUUACGGGGAUCGCUGAGGAGCAGUGCAUGCUGGGAGUGUCAGGAUGUUUGGUUAUUACGGGGAUCGCUGAGGAGCAGUGCAUGCUGGGAGUGUCAGGAUGUUUGGUUAUUACGGGGAUCGUUGAGGAGCAGUGCAUGCUGGGAGUGUAGGAUGUUUGGUUAUUACGGGGAUCGCUGAGGAGCACAGCAUGCUGGGGGUGUCAGGAUGUUUGGUUAUUACGGGGAUCGCUGAGGAGCAGUGCAUGCUGGGAGUGUCAGGAUGUUUGGUUAUUACGGGGAUCGCUGAGGAGCAGUGCAUGCUGGGAGUGUCAGGAUGUUUGGUUAUUACGGGGAUCGCUGAGGAGCAGUGCAUGCUGGGAGUGUCAUGAUGUUUGGUUAUUACGGGGAUCGCUGAGGAGCACAGCAUGCUGGCAGUGUAGGAUGUUUGGUUAUUACGGGGAUCGCUGAGGAGCAGUGCAUGCUGGGAGUGUCAGGAUGUUUGGUUAUUACGGGGAUCGCUGAGGAGCAGUGCAUGCUGGGAGUGUCAUGAUGUUUGGUUAUUACGGGGAUCGCUGAGGAGCAGUGCAUGCUGGGAGUGUCAGGAUGUUUCGUGGUGGUUAAUGCAGGGAUUGCUGGUUAGAAUAGUUUUGCUGUAUCUUUAAUUAUAUAAUCAUUUUAUUUCCACAGGGCGCUGUGUAUUGGUGUUCCCACUCCUUUGGAGGGAAUUUUAGACAUUCCAGUUGUGGAGAGAGAGACAGAUGGCCCUCAAAGACAUUAUAAAGUAACAGCUGUUGGUUAUACAAUGUCUGCCACCUUCUCCUGCCUAUCAAUAUAUAAACUAACAUACUUUUUUUUUUUUUUUAAAGAUGUCUUUAUCUCCACGGUUACACGUUUUUAAAGAUGGAUCUACAAAGAAAAUCCGCAUUUCGCGGUCUGCAAGGGAGGCUGUAACACGUUACCGUACAUUGUGUGAGGCUGAUGGAGCCUCCCUUCUAGAGCUGCAUCCAAUAACCGGUAAAGUCACAGCAAAUAGCACGCAACUAAAACAUCAGCACAAUUCUCACUAAACCGGAUAUCAUAGGAACCUGGGCGAGUCCACAGAAUAUUCCUUGUCUGCCAUUUUAUAGGUUGGGUCUUACUAGUUCAGAUAGAACGGACUUGGUGUAUUUAUCGAUUUGUAACCAGGUUUAAUAGGUUAGGUCUAUUUAUAACCGCCUCUUAGUAGGUUGGGAGUCUUCUGAUACACAUACAUGUAAGAUACACUUGAUCUAAGGUUGUCCUUUACAUUUAUACCCAAUGGAUCUCGAUUGUAUUGUCUGGUUAAUUUCAAUAACUUCUUAUAAUUAAUAUGAUCUGAUUUUUAAUAGAUAAUGACCUUUUUUAUAUUUUAUUAUUAAAGGUUAAGUAUUUUCACAAUGAAAACUACAAAUAAUUUCUGGUUUAUCUGAUUUCCUUUCCCUAGGAGUUAAACACCAGCUCCGGGUCCAUCUCUCUUAUGGCCUAAACUGUCCUAUCCUUGGAGAUCAUAAAUACUCUCAUUGGGGACGACUUGCUCCACAGGUACCAGAGGCCAAGUUGGGAAUGGGAAAAGAAUGUGAGGGAAUUUUUUUUUGUAAGUGCUCACUAUAUAAAUAUAUAUAUAUUUAUAUAUAUUCUUUUCUCACAGAAACCUCCUAAGGCAAUCCUCCAAGCUCUGCGUCUCUCUCUCCCUCAAGCACGUUCCCUCCUCUUACAUCUGCACGCUGCACAAAUAAGCCUACCAGCACAAGCAGCAGAAGAGGACCCAAUUGUGUUGCAGUGUCCACCCCCAAAAUAUUUCAUGAGCACCCUGCGUAGAUUGGGAAUACCGCCUCCAAGUCUGAAAAGCAUUGGUUAUCCUUUGGAAGAUUGAUUGCCUGAGUCCAGGGUGUUAGUGAAGCCUGAUUCCUGAAGUAAAGUGCACUAAGUAGGACUAUGGCAUAGACUUUAUUUAAUAAAAUAUACAUAUAGGAAUGUUCCACUGCCCUCUAUAGACCAACCCACCCUGCUUCUGCAGAGUCAAGCAUAAUAUGCCCAAAGGAAGAUAGCGCAGCUCAUCAUGAUCAAGGCGUUGAUGUUCACAAGUCGGGCGUACGGUGGAGACUCUUGAAUGUCAGGCAAAACGGAGCCUUUUUCUUGUGGAUGUGACUCGAUGAUGCCUGGAAGCAGUAAUCAUUCAUGUUAUAGGUCCAUGAAGCAUAAAACAAAUUCAUAUAGCUUGAAUGUCUUGCUAUUGUAAUCACAAGUAAUGAACUAGCAAAUCGCCAUUCUCUAAGUCAUAUGAAAUACACACACUACCUACCUGGAUCCCCAAUUUCUUCUCUUAGUGCCUGACUGUGCCGUAGACUGAACACCAAACGAUAAAGCUGAAAAAGACAUGAAAGGAGGGAAGUAUGUUGGGUUCUCCCCAAUAUUCCUUCUUGGAAAGCGCAUAAUUAAACAAAUGGAUUUCUUACCUGGGCAUCAGGAAUUGGGGGAGUGCAGUAUGAUACUCCCAAUAUUAUAGCCGCCGAGCACAGAAAGAGGAUGAUUGCAAAGUAGAGAUAAUGAACCCCACAAAUGAUGGUAGGACAGGAGCUAGGAGAAGAGCAGCUUCCAGAACCAAAGGCAAAUUCUGGCACCAUUCGGCACAAACCCAGUAGAAGCCCUCCAACCAGCCCCCAAAAUGCACCCUGCAGAGAAGAAAACACACAGCAUGCAUUUCAAUGGAAUGGGUAAAAUAAGGUUUUCAGCACCAUAAUUAGCACAUUGUCCUUUAUAUACUUUACUGAAAGCAGCUCUCCAGGCUUGAACUGACUUUUUUUUUUUCAAUAUGUCCACUUAUCCAAAUUAAUAAAUACAGAACUCUCAAAUGUAAUGUCUUUAUCUGCAAUGAAUGGCUGGCAGGGGAAAGAGAGUAGUUUUAGUAAAAGUUCAGUGUUGGUGUGCGCUAGUAACUGUGGAUAGUCUGUGUCGUUUACUGUGCAUAGUGUGUCUGUCGUGGGUGGGAGUGGAAGAUAAAAGGAGAAGGUUUAGUGUUGGGAUGAGAUCGUGGUGAAGAAUGUAAGCACAUGAUCUGUAUUGGGCUGACGAUUGGAGCUGUAUUAAUUUUGGUGGCAAAUUUCAAUUUAGUUUUAGUCAUAGUCUUUUGACUAAAAAGCCG